ACGAUGGAGGUUCACGAAGUCGUCGAGGUAUCCACGGUGGCACAGUCAGCUGCCUAAGGUCCGGUUGGCCAGUCGCAGCCAGCGAGCUUUCUCCACAAGGUAGACGCGCGUAACAAGACCAAGACACCACCAUGGCGGACGACGAGAGAAAGCGCAUCGAGGAUGAAAAGAAGAGGAAACAGGCGGAGACCGAGAGGAAGAGGGCGGAGGUCCGCGCCCGCCUCGAAGAGGCUUCCAAAGCCAAGAAGGCGAAGAAGGGUUUCAUGACCCCCGACAGGAAGAAGAAGCUUAGGUUGCUGUUGCGUAAGAAAGCCGCCGAGGAAUUGAAGAAGGAGCAGGAGAGAAAAGCGGCCGAGAGGAGGCGCAUAAUCGAGGAGCGCUGUGGAAAGCCGAAGAUCGUCGACGAAGCCAACGAAGUGGAGUUGAAGAAGAUUUGCCAAAUGUAUUACGACCGCGUCUUCCUUUGUGAGGGUCAGAAGUGGGAUUUGGAGCGUGAAGUUCGGAAAAGGGACUACGAGAUCGCGGACUUGAACAGCCAGGUCAACGAUCUCCGAGGUAAAUUCAUGAAACCAACCCUGAAGAAGGUGUCUAAAUACGAGAACAAGUUCGCCAAGCUCCAAAAGAAAGCCGCCGAGUUCAAUUUCCGUAAUCAGCUGAAACAAGUCAAGAAGAAGGAAUUCACCUUGGAGGAGGAGGAUAAGGAGGCCAAGAAGCCCGAGAAGGCAGAAUGGCAGACCAAGAAGUAGAUUUAAUAUAAAGAGAAUAAAACAGUUUGAGUGCGAAAUCUCAAUAAAAUACAAACAUUAUUAAUUACGACGCACAAAACGAAUUCGAGAGAACAAACGGAAAAGCCAGAAAAAAGAAACUUCUAUACACACGCGUAUACACACAUACACACACACAUAUGAAGAAACACUAACACGAUCCGAUCGCAUUUGUACAGUCGAUCUGAAAGCGCGCGCGCGUGAAAAUGAGUUGUGAAAAAGCGCAUGGGAAAGAAGAAAAAAAGAAAAAACAGAAAACAAAUGCGUAUAGAGCGCCACUUUUGAUAUCGUUCUCCAUCGACGUUUCGCGCGUUCACCAGCGCAUUUUCGCCGUCGACGUUCAUUCGAAUUGAUGUCAAACUAGUUCGUUAGCGUCGCGGAAAACAAAUUAACGAGUGAGAAAAUUGCUCGAACAAUUCCUAAAAGUUAGCCGCCCCCUCUCCUUUCCUCCCCCACGACAUUUGAUUACAUCCCUCUCCUCCGCGCGGACUAGACGGUCGAAAACGAGCGACGUAGGGAGAAGCUGACUCUGCGUAAAAUAUUCACGUACAACUGUUAUAUAUAUGAAAAGCGAUAAGUUGUGGCAAUAAACGAUCGAAGAAAGAGCGCA